AUGUGGAGCACAUUCCGCAAUCUAAAGAACAAUAUCUCGGCGAUCGCGUCGGACGUGCUUGACACCGCGGAAGAACUAGACCCGGGCCUGUUCGGCAGCGGGCCCGGCUCGCCGUCUCGCCACUCGUCUUCGGACUCCUACUCAGAAGGUUCCUCUGCUGACUCUACCCCAGAAAGGCACGGCAAAGCGGGACCCGAGGAUCCUUCGCAGCUGCAAUGGCCAGGACAAACAGCAUCAGGGUUCCGUGCCAAACGAGGCCCUCUACCUUUCCAUCAACAAUCAGCCUCUCGCCUGCAAGGCACCCCGGACCCUACUGUAACGAGGCUUCUGCCUGAUACAUCUCAAGAUUCUCCUUCGGACCCGAAUUUAGGGGCUCGGGAUGUUGCUGCUGAGGCCUCACACCGUGCCAAUCCGAGUAGUCACAUUCAAAGUAGUCACAUUGGAAAUCCGAACCAGGUUCCACUCGGAACUUCUCCUCUGCAGCACCCUACUCAACCACCGCCCACCACUGCUGAAAAUGCGCCCUACUCUGCGGGAAUCGCACCUGCGGGAGGAAAGGGAAACCCCUUUGGCGCGCCCCUGUUUCAAGCCAGCGCUGGAGGAACCGCUGGGGCGAAAGGACAGCCACAUGAACCGCAUUGGCAGCAGCAGCAGCAGCAGCAGCAGCAGCACCGCCAGGCGCAGCAGGAGGAUUCGCAUCAGUUGCACCCACAAUCUAGACCUGCUACAUCGGCUGCAGGCCGUCCCCCACACGGACCUUCCCCACACGGACCCCCACACGGACCUCCCCCACACGGACCUCCCCCACACGGACCUCCCCCACACGGACCUCCCCCAUUCGGCCCUCCUCCAAAUGGCCCUCCGCCUAUCAGACCUCCCCGCAAUUCACCUCCCCCGGUGGGACCUCCCCCGUUUGGACCUCCCUCUCAUGGCUCCCCACCGUCUGUCCCUCCCCCAGUAAAGCCUGCCCCAGGUGAACCUCCCCCGGGCGUGCCUCCUUCGUCAGCACCAUCAGUAACAUUAGCAGUCACAUCAGCAGUCGCGCUAGCAGCCGUAGCAGGGGUUAAACCGGCAGAAUUUGGAUUAGCAUCAGCACCAGCUGCAGAGGAGAGGGGGAAGGGAGAGGAGGGAAGGUGGCAGGCGGGGGAGAGAGGGGGAGAGGUGGCGAGGUUAAGGGAGGAGAAGCAGAGGCUGGAGGGGGAGUUGAGAGCGCUGCAACCUCGUUUCCUCCCUCUCGUGUCCCGUCCUGGCAUCACGGCAGGUGGUCGAGAGGGGUGGGAAUCAGCUGUGCAGGAGUGCAGCAUUCUCAAAGCCGAGAGGCAGCAACUGUUCAGCGACGUGGCAGAGGCACAUGAGAAGAUAAAACUGGAGGCAGCAGCUCGGCAGCAGGCAGAGGGGGCGCUGAGGCAGGUGGAGGCUCAACUGGCGCAGGCAGUAGCUGCUGCUGACGCCUCCAAAGCCACGUGGCAGCUCUCCCAAGUAAAGGCGAAACUGCAAGCAGCAGAGCAAGCCCUCUCCUCCCAACGCGCCUCCUUCCAGACCUCCCUCCAACAACUAAGGGAAGAGUGCGACCGUCAGGUGAAAGCAGCAGAGGCCCAGGUGAAAACAGCAGAGGCCCAGGCGAAAGCAGCAGAGAGCCAGGCGAAAGCAGCAGAGGCGAGGAGGAAAGAAGCGGAGGAAGCAGCAGAGGCGAAGGCGACAGCUGCAGUGGUGGCAAUGGAAGAGCAGGCAGUGAGAAGGAUAGCAGUGGCAGUCAGAGCAGCAGAGAGGGAGGCAGAGGAGAGGAGAGCAGAAGCAGAGAAGGAAGCAGAGGCGAGGCGAAGGGAGGUGGAGGAGGUAGCUGCAGCGCAGAGAGGGGAGUUGGAGGGGGUGCUGAGUGCAAUGAAGGGGGAGAGGGACAAGGCGAAGCGGGAACUGGCGAGGCUGAAACAGCACCUACUAGAGCUGGAAAAUGCCGAAUCAGCCAAGGUGGAGCACGAGACCGACCAAAUCAAAUCCCUUGAGGCCCAGCUACAGGACAAAUCCCGCGAGCUGGCAGCCCUGCAGUCCGCAUUAGCAGACGCACGUGCCGGCACGGAAGCUGCCAGGAAAGAGGCGGAGAGCCGAGCCAAGCAGGUGGAGGAGGAGGGAGAGCGGAGGGAGAGGGAGAGGGAGGAGGCGGAGAGAGAGAGGCAGGUGCUUCGGGCCGAACUUGAGGCUCGGGAUCAGGAGUUGAACAACCUGCAGGCGGCUCUCGGGCAGUUCUACGCCGAAGCUGAGGCUCAGGUAUGGUGGCCCAAAGCAGGUGCUUCGGCCGAACUUGAGGCUCGGGAUCAGGAGUCGAACAACCUGCAGGCAGCCCUGGGGCAGUUUUACGCCGAAGCUGAGGCUCAGAACCGGUUGGCAGCAGAGCUAGCAGCAGCAAGGGACGACAACACUAAGCUAGCCGAGCAGCUGCAGGCAGGCUGGCAGAACCGGCUGGCAACAGAGCUAGCAGCGGCAGCAGCAAGGGACGACAACACCAAGCUAGCCGAGCUGCCGCUGCUAGCGAAGGACCUUGCAAGCAAGAGGGCGGAGGAGGUAGAGGCAGCAGAGGCGAGGGCAGCAGAGGCGGAGAAGGGGAGGGCAGCAGCGGUGGUGGGGGAGCAGAGGGCAGGAAACGAGCUGUCUAAGUUGGCGAAGGAUCUUGCUAGCAGAAAGGCGGAGGAGGUAGAAGCAGCAGAGGCACGAGCGGCAGAGGCAGAGAGGGGGAGGGCAGCAGCGGUGGUGGGGGAGCAGAGGGCAGGGAAUGAGCUGUCUAAGGUCCGACAGGCUCUGGAGCAGUGCAUGGUGCGGCUCAACAGGAUGUCUUCAGACUCUGACUUCACUGUAGACAGGAGAAUCGUGAUCAAGCUUCUGGUGACUUACUUUCAGCGCAAGCACAGCAAGGAGGUGCUUGACCUCAUGGCUCGCAUUCUCGGUUUCUCAGAGGAGGACAAGCAGCGGGUUGGGUUGGCAGCAGCAGGGCACAUGGGGGUGGGAGGAGGAGCAGCAGGGGGGGUGAGGGGCGUGUUUGGACUGCCGGGGAGGCUGGUGGGGGGCCUGUUUGGAGGCGGGGCGAGCGUGGGGGGAGUGGGGGGAAGCACUGGCGCCCUGGCAAGCAUUGCAGACGACAGCACGACCUUCACAGACCUCUGGAUCGACUUCCUUCUCAAAGAAUCAGAAUCAAGGGACCUCUCCACAGGGAUAAUGGGUGGAGGCGCAGCAGUGCCAGGAAUGUCAGGGGAGCUCUGGAGUGGGUCGGCAGGAGCAGGGAGAGGUAUAUCUGGAGCAGGUGGGAUUAUGGGCAGUGGACUGGGAACACUAGUGCUGUCCCCGGGACUAGGGUUACCACAGAGUGGGAGUUGUAACGGCAUGUUACAGGGGUAUACACCACCGAGUAUGCACAGGCAAGGUUCUGGUGGCAUGAGCGGUAGCAAUGCGCUGUUCAGUGCAAGUGGGGGAGGGAUGGUGGGGGUGGCUGGUGAUGUGGAUUUAGAUGGUAGCAGUAACGCGUCUGAGUUUUCGUCUGUACCUUUGAACAUGGGGCCAGGACAGAAGGCCACUGCUGCGUUGUCGUCGCUGUCUGCUCGCAGUGGUCAAGUGGUGGUGAGUGCGGCUCGGAACCUGUUCGGGCAACAGGAGAGUGAGUCCGCGCUGCAACUGAAGGCUGGUUUUGAGCUGUGA